GCGGAUGGUAGGUGUUUGUGAUUGAGACAAAAGGAGAGUUGCGUACCCAAGUUUAGGAAUAUAUAAGUCGACGUACGUUGUCGUCGGUGUGUUCAAGUGGGCGGUUCAUGUUUUCCUCGCGUGAAGAAAGGGGAAAGUGGAGCUUGAUCUUCGUUUGUCUGGCUCUGCAUCUCUUUAUCAGCCGACCCAGUUCAGGAGAUCAAGAGCUCGAACAGCAUAGAUUUGAGAGAGAGAGGAUGGCCGGCAAACAGAGCAAGGUGUUGCUCCCAAAGAGCGUGAAGCCUCUGAGUACACUCCGGUCCUGGAACCGAAUUUGCAGUCCUUCAGGUUCAAGGGUGUGGUGACCAUCGACUUCGAUGUUGUGGAGACGACCAAGGCCAUCAAACUGCACGCUGAGUCUCUCGAAAUUCUCAAGGCGAAGGACAACUUUUCCUCGAUAUUUCCGCUUCGCCUCCUCUGCUCUUUUCGACGUUGUGACGCGCAUCUGGCCGUGGCUGGAACCCAAGCUGAGUGGAGGAGGAGGAGAAGCUUGGGGUGGAAGGGGGAGGGAGGACGAGGAGAAGCUGGGGGUGGAAGGGGGAAGGAGGACGAGGAGAAGCUGGGGGUGGAAGGGGGAGGGAGGAGGAGGAGAAGCUGGGGGUGGCAGGGGAAGCUGGUUUUGCGAUUCGAUCUUGCAGUUUCCUGGGUGGUUGCUGACUCAGCGAUGGUGGCUGGAGGUCGUUGUCCGGUGGAUUUGGGCGGCCGUCGCCUUGACCGUUAUUCUUCCAUCGCUCGCCUCUUCGUUGCCUACAAGCUUUAAUUACUCGAUGACGCGGAUGAUGUCGAGAGGAAAGCUAUGGAAGGAUGGACCGACGAAGCUCUUGAGGUCAAGCUCAGGACGAGUCAAGUGCUCUUCUUGUCAUGAAGACUCUUGGAGACGUGAAAACCGCCUCAACACGCCUUGUGCGCCAGCCUCUAAGACGGCGAUCAGUGUCAUCCUUGGGGCUCUUUCGGAGGCAAGCGUCCCGCAGGGGUACUUCUCCCACUUCUAUGUGGUAGCGACUCUAUGGAAUGGUCUGCUGUUGUUGGGAGUGAUGAAGCUUAUCGCUGUUGCGCAUCUGCCAAGUGCUGUGACAAUGGUUCUCUCGUGUUUUUCGUCUGCGUGCCCGGGAAUGACACCUGCAGUGUCACAUGAGAGGAGAGGGUGGAGUGGGAAUGCCAGCACGUGCGGUGGUCGGGACCUGAUCGGAGGGAAUUUGUCGACGAGUGGUGGUAGUGCACGGUUGUGCUCAGUUUCAUCAGUGCCGCCCACGGAGGUGGAGGCAUCCACGAUGGCUUUCCCUCAAGAAACAGUGAUUUUAAUGAUCUUGGUGCAAAUCCAUGCCAUCAGACGGUUGUAUGAAUCCUUGUUUGUGUUCAAGUAUCGGUCCAGUGCAAGGAUGCAUAUUGCUGGCUAUCUAACAGGACUGUGUUUCUAUGUGGGGAUGCCUGUCUCUGUGCUUCUGCAUCCUGCGGCAAUGCUAGCAACUUCUGAGAGAACAAAGUGUCUGUGGACGUUUAUUGACGAGCUGCAUCGUUCUCCAUUUUGGGCUGCGUUUGCCCGUUUGCUGGAGAAGGACGUGCAAGUUGCUGCACUGUCUGUUCCGUGGCUUCCUGCCGUUAGAUGCGGUAUCCUCUGGUUAAGCUUGAUGCAAUGUGCAGGUCUGGGCGUCUUCUUCUGGGGGACAGUCCAUCAGUGGAGAUGUCACCGCAUUGUGGGAGCCUUGCGGGCUGACAAACGGACAAGCAGCAAGACGAAUGGUGGUGCACGUCUACCUGGCAAAGAUGAAGUGAUCUCUGGGGAUAGAAUAUAUGGCAUUCCGCGAGGAGAUUGGUUUGAGUAUGUCUCAUGUGCUCAUUUUCUCGCUGAAAUCGUGAUAUACACAGGGUUAAUCCUUGCUAGCGGUGCUACAGAUCUAACACUCUGCCUUCUUUUUGCAUUUGUGAUUGGAAAUCUGGUCCUUGCAGCAAAGCCGACACACAAAUGGUAUCUGUGUUCAAUGGCUUUUGGCAGGGGCUUUGAAUCUCAGGGUUUCCUGAGGGUUAGAACUCGGGACUUUACAAAGGUUAUGAUGACAGCAUUCCUAAAUGGAAUGGGACUCGGCUGGCGCAUUUCGUGAAGUGUACUUCAAAGCUGCACGGCUUGGGCAGGCCUCCGUAGGUGAUGGUCGUCCCGAUAAAUGGCUGCGCAUCAA